AGGGGUCGUCCUGCGGGUAGCAGGAGGCUCGGGAGGAUCUGGAGACUGGGGUGAGAGAGCGGAGAGAGAGCGAGCGAGAGAGAGCGAGAGAGAGGGAGAGAGAGAAGGAGAGAGAGAGAGCGAGAGCGAGCGAAAGGUGAGCCGAGCUGAAGGAGGGCACGCGCUGCCGGGCACCCCCAGUCUAUGGAGCGGGGUAAGAUGGCGGAGGCGGAGAGCCUGGAGACGGCGGCGGAGCACGAGCGGAUCCUCCGAGAGAUCGAGAGCACCGACACGGCCUGCAUCGGGCCCACGCUCAGGUCUGUCUAUGAUGGUGAGGAACAUGGACGAUUCAUGGAGAAGCUUGAAACUCGCAUCCGCAAUCAUGACCGAGAAAUUGAGAAAAUGUGCAACUUUCAUUACCAGGGCUUUGUGGACUCUAUAACGGAACUGCUGAAAGUAAGAGGAGAAGCCCAGAAACUCAAAAAUCAAGUGACGGAUACUAAUAGAAAACUACAGCAUGAGGGAAAGGAACUGGUAAUAGCAAUGGAAGAGCUGAAGCAGUGUCGACUACAACAGAGAAAUAUUUCUGCCACUGUUGAUAAAUUAAUGCUGUGUCUUCCAGUCCUGGAGAUGUAUAGCAAACUGAGGGACCAGAUGAAAACUAAAAGGCAUUAUCCUGCACUGAAAACUCUGGAACAUCUAGAGCAUACCUAUCUGCCUCAAGUAAGCCACUAUCGAUUCUGCAAGGUGAUGGUUGACAAUAUCCCCAAGCUUCGAGAAGAAAUUAAGGAUGUUUCUAUGUCUGAUCUCAAAGACUUUCUGGAGAGUAUCCGCAAACAUUCAGACAAAAUUGGAGAGACUGCCAUGAAGCAAGCCCAACAACAAAGAAACCUGGAUAACAUCAUCUUGCAACAACCCAGAAUAGGUAGCAAGAGAAAACCUAAGAAAGAUGCAUAUACAAUUUUUGAUACAGAGAUAGGAAGCACUAGCCCCAAGUCUGAACAGGAUUCAGGAAUUCUGGAUGUUGAAGAUGAGGAAGAUGAUGAAGAGGUACCUGGGGCCCAAGAUUUGGUUGAUUUCUCUCCUGUUUAUCGAUGUCUACACAUAUAUUCUGUCCUGGGUGCCCGGGAAACAUUUGAGAACUACUACCGAAAACAGAGGCGAAAACAGGCUCGUUUGGUGCUCCAGCCUCCUUCUAACAUGCAUGAAACUUUAGAUGGCUACAGGAAGUAUUUUAAUCAAAUUGUAGGCUUUUUUGUGGUUGAAGAUCACAUUUUACAUACAACCCAGGGCUUAGUAAAUAGAGCCUACAUCGAUGAACUGUGGGAAAUGGCACUUUCAAAAACCAUCGCAGCACUCCGUACUCACUCGUCUUACUGCUCUGAUCCAAACCUCGUGUUAGAUUUGAAGAACCUCAUUGUGCUUUUUGCUGACACACUUCAGGUGUAUGGUUUUCCUGUAAAUCAGCUUUUUGACAUGCUGUUAGAAAUCAGAGAUCAAUAUAGUGAAACUUUGCUAAAGAAGUGGUCAGGUAUUUUCAGAAACAUACUUGAUUCUGACAACUAUAGUCCUAUACCAGUAACAAGUGAAGAGAUAUAUAAAAAGGUGGUAGGACAAUUCCCAUUCCAAGAUACAGAGCUGGAAAAGCAACCAUUUCCAAAAAAGUUUCCAUUCUCUGAAUUUGUGCCAAAAGUUUACAACCAAAUUAAAGAAUUUAUCUAUGCCUGUCUGAAGUUUUCAGAAGAUCUUCAUCUAAGUUCAACUGAAGUAGAUGACAUGAUUCGUAAAUCUACAAACCUGUUGCUAACUAGGACUCUGAGCAGCUCUCUGCAGAAUGUCAUUAAAAGGAAGAAUAUUGGACUUACUGAGCUUGUCCAGAUUAUUAUCAAUACAACACACUUGGAGAAAUCCUGUAAGUACUUGGAAGAAUUCAUCACCAAUAUCACUAAUGUGCUUCCAGAGACAGUCCACACCACAAAGCUCUAUGGCACCACGACUUUUAAGGAUGCCAGACAUGCAGCUGAAGAAGAGAUUUAUACCAACUUAAACCAGAAGAUUGACCAGUUUCUUCAGCUGGCUGACUAUGACUGGAUGACUGGAGAAUUGGGCAACAAAGCUAGUGAUUACCUAGUAGACCUCAUUGCCUUUCUACGUAGCACCUUUGCUGUCUUCACACACCUUCCUGGAAAGGUGGCCCAGACAGCAUGUAUGUCAGCUUGCAAGCAUUUAGCUACGUCCUUGAUGCAACUUUUGCUGGAAGCUGAAGUAAGGCAGCUCACCUUGGGAGCAUUACAGCAGUUCAACUUGGAUGUCAGAGAAUGUGAACAGUUUGCCAGAUCCGGCCCGGUGCCUGGGUUCCAGGAGGACACGCUGCAGUUGGCCUUCAUCGACUUGAGACAAGACAAAAGAGAUUUCACAGAUGUUGUGAUGUUAAGGACCUUGAGCAGAUUAUCCUGGAAUUAUCUGGGAACACAUUGUAAUUACCAGCUGAGAGCUAUGAAGUGUUGCUCGAAGUCCAAGUGGUCUGUUGACACAUGGUCUGGACAACUUUAUGGAACUAUUCAAAAUGAGCUUUUAGAUCUCUUCCUCCAGUGGGAUUGGUCAACCUACCUUGCUGACUAUGGUCAGCCUACCUGCAAGUACCUCCGGGUAAACCCUGUGACAGCUCUGACCCUGCUUGAGAAGAUGAAGGACACUAGCCGCAAGAACAACAUGUUUGCACAGUUUCGGAAAAAUGAGCGAGACAAGCAGAAAUUGAUUGACACUGUGGCCAAGCAACUCCGGGGACUCAUCAGCAGCCACCACUCAUGAAGGCGGGCCUCGGGCCCACGGAGGCUGCUGGCUGCAGCCCCAGAGUCCGGGCCCCAGCACUGGCUGGCCCUACAUUUGUGCAUUCUUCUUCAGAGAGAGCAAAUGUAUUUUUUUAAUAACCUAUGUACAGUAUUCGCAUAACCUUUCCUUAUAGUAAAAGAGGCACAAGGGUAAGCAAGUCCACGAGUUGUUGCUAGGCUGGGCUUCAGGGGAAGCCAUACUACACUGUCUGUAUUUUCCUAGAGAUGGCGGUGUCAUCGGUCCAGUAUGAUAAACCGCAUUUCAUCCGUGGCUCUAGAGCUUAGAUCUGGGGCUCAGAAACUACACAAACAAAAUGGGUACUUGCCACUGGGAGGUAAGGUGAGUAGGCAGAAGGAUAAUAAAGUACAUCCUGUUCACUCCUAGGUGCCCCAUUCACCGUGUAGGUGAGGCCGAUUCUUCCUGAUGCAAGGAAAGGGCCUGGAAAACACUACUUAGUCUAUCAAAGACCAGCACACAGUUCUGGAGGUUCAUCUCUUCAGUCCACUGACUUUCACUGACCGGUGAACAAGCGUGCUGUGUGGCAAGAUGACGGCUUCGCUCCAAUCCCCCCAAGGAUGGCAUUUUUUAGCCGAGAUCUGACCCAAUGCUUUUACUUCUAAGUUUUCUGGGGCACGGUAGAGCUGAGUAUGCAGCGGGAAGAAUUGGACCUCAUGACUAACUAUAGGCUGCCCCACACCAGGAGGAGAUCUUGAAAGCCAGUGCAAAUGGAAUCAGAGCCCCAGCCCUUCCCCAUUCCUCUCAUUGCCUUCUUUCAGGGUCAGGGUACUUGGUUCAGGGCAUAGGUCAACAGUUAUUCCAUAGACAGAGAGUCUCAGACUUGGCCUCUUCCAGCAGCGUCAUUGGGAUAGUCAGAUUCCAGAAGCCUGAAAAUGACCCUUACUUUACCCUUAGGUAAAACCUUGGAAUCAUUCCUUUGUGUUUUAAAGCCAACUUUCUGGCCACCAUCUUUAAAGGAAAUGUCAUCAACUCUGUACUGUGGGGACAGCUAUAGCUGGACUGGAUGCCUUUAGGGAUGGAACCACUGUCACCAUGAAGUAGAGCAGGUCAACCAUGGCUAGUGGUUUGUUACCCAUGGCACAGCUGUCCCUCACUAAGUCAUAUCCUGGAUAAGCUCUUCUUGCUCAAGCCCAAAGCUUCCAUCCCCUUUUGAGAUCCCCAUAGCUAUCUUUUGGCUUCAUCUGAGAAAGAUUGCCUAUAAUCCUAUCCCUCAAGCUCUGGAGUUUGUAAAGGAGCCUGGACCAGCUAGCUUGGAGGCUGUGUCCUCUGUCCCAAAUGGGCUCCCAAGACUUAAUGCAAGGGCUUCUUCACUCUGAGGUCAGGCAGAGGAAUCUGCCCUUUAAGACACUUCAGGAAGAUGCUACCAAGGCUACUGGCAAGAGUAUAAUUGUGCAUCACCAAACAACGACAAAUAAGCCACACAGUCUUUUCCAGCUUGGGUUAGUGGAAAGACAGACUCAUCAGACAGAAUUCUUCACUCCGUUUGUCAGCUGCUGAGUUGCUUCUAGGGAAGGCAGUGCUUCCUUUUUCACACGCCCCACCAAAUAUUGUAUCACAACUUGAAAACCAUGGGGAAGAAAAUAUGCACACCGACACGCAGGCUUCCUCAAAGCUGGAGACCAGGCUGCAUGUGGGCUCUGCAGAAGCCUUCCGAGGCUCAUCCUAGGGGCUAGGCAGUUUGCCCAGGGUCUUAGGAUGAGGCUCAGAGAUGAGUGCUGCCACCCAGAACUUCCAUAGCCAAGGAAAGGCAGGGGUCCAUGGGAAUGAGACCCAAUAUACCAUCUCUCAGGCUCUGGACUUUAUUAGAAAAGAACGAGAAAUGACCACACUAAUCCCAUUGCUUCAGAAGGGCCCCAAACACCCUCCUUCACUAGAUGCCAGCUUACAGCAAGAUCUCUUCCGCUCUGAGUGCUGAGACUUUGAAGUGGAAUGGAGAGAACCUUAAGCAUAUCACAAUAUUUUUCAACUGUUAUCAUUGCUGGCCUGGUCUCAAACCUGUUCCCUGGAGAAGCAGUGCUAUAGAAGAGAAAGUGAACAGGGUGGAGGAACAGGGGUUACUCUGCCCGUUGCACACAGAGGUUCCUCUACAGAAAAUGCUUAUUCAAGCCCAAGACUCAUAGGGUGCGUCCUUUGCUAGAUCCCUUCUUCCCUCUCGGUCUGCCUCAGCCUUCCCUAACGAAACCAACAUGCAGCUACUGAGUUGUCUGUGGGGACACACUCUUGGUGAGCAGGGAAAGGUUAAAAAAAGGAACCAGCAAUGUCCAAGCUGUUUGAAUUGGUGAAGUAGGAGUUUUCAGUUUUGUCUAUAGGCCUCUAGCUGCGCCUGCCCUUGCGAGGACUUGUGCAAAGCAUGGGUGUCCAUGCCCCUCAGACUCCUGACAUCUGGGCUCAAAUGCCCACAGAUGUAGAAGUGCCCUGGAGGCCUCAGUAAGAGGCGAGAACAUGGGUGCCUGGAGGUCUUUCCAUCUUCUAGUUGGCUGAGCUCUUGGGAAAACCAGGUCCAUAUUCCUGAAGGGACAGUGAGGUUUGGGACCCUAGUGGGUUUCAGUAGUAAUUUAGGCAGCUGGUAUAGUUUUAAUGUAUCUCAUAGCAAAAUCUCUUUGUGUAGACUGUAAAUGAAGCUGUUGGGGGUGGGGAAGAACAGGACCUGGAAAUUGGAAACAACAGAGAGUCCUCACUGGUAAAGGGAAUAUACAGGCUUAUAGGGAGCAGUCCCCAGUAUUUUCAUCGUCUCCCAGGCCUCCAAGUCAGCCUGCACACUUGACAAGCGCUUGCUCAGCAAAUCCCAGACCCAGGGCCCUGUAUCCCCAAGAUUGGCAUUGCCCAUGACCUUCCCCAUGAGGCCUCCAGACACACUCCCUUGGGCCUGCUGCAGAAAUCCCCCUCAGCGUAGCCUCGCUUCUCCCAAGACUCUGCACCUGGCUGCUUCCACUGCCUCUUUUUUUUUUUUUUUUCCUUUGGCCUGAGUUUGCAGUUACUUUUCAUUAAUGUGUUGGAAAUGGCCUUUUUAUUUUGCACAUUUAUGGGGGAAAUUUAGGAAAGUCCAUUUUUAACUCUAAAGGGAACUUUUUUCUUUAAAACCAGUAAAGGUACUGAUACAGAUGGGCCUCAUGGUUAGUAGAAAAUCUCUUAUGUGGAAAGAGCAUGUGUAUUCCUCCUGUAUGUUUUCCUCUUUUAACUGCUAUUAAAUAAGAGAGCCUAUGUACCUGUUC